AUGCUUGCUGUUGACAAAGCUUUUAAGAAUGUUGGUAUUGGCACUACACUAGCAAAAGCUAUUAUCUCCGCUAUGACAGACAGAGGAUGCGAAGAGAUUGUUCUUGAAACGGAGGCAAGUAACAACAAUUCACUAUCUCUUUAUGCUCGUCUCGGUUUUAUUCGUGAAUCGCGACUUUUUCGCUAUUAUAUGAGCGGUUCGGACGCUUUUCGGCUAAAGCUCUAUUUGCCGGAAUCUCGAAAAGAAAUUGAUGAGGAACCUAAAAAAGAUACUUCUGUUGUCGCUGCUGACUUAAUUUCGACUGUUUCUAUUAAGGACGAUUUAUGUGAAGAAGAAAAGACAAAAGACUCUGUUUGA